AUGGCCAGCGGUUCGAGGCAGCAAGAGGCAGAUGCAGUGGGGCCCCAAGCAGCCACUGCCCCAGCCCAGGCAAGAGGGCCCCUCAGGGCCCCCCCAGGCCCCACCUCACUGGGCGAUUCUGUAUCUGAUAAAAGACGGAAACCCCCACAGGUUCAGGUGACAGACUCACGAGCAAACACUUGUCAGGGUCCAAGGUGGCCUGGAGCUGGACUGGUGGGGGAAUGCUCUAAUCUGUCCAGAGUCCCAAAUAAAGGUCUCCGUGUUCGCCCUCCCAGGGUCAAGGUCCCCGUGCCCGCCCUCCCACAGUCAAAGUCCCCAAGUCCACCCUUCCCCGGUCAAAAUUCCUACCCACAAGCCACCCUCACGUAA